UCGCCUUUUCGUUGAAUUCUUCUCUUCUGGUACUAUCUUCAAUUGGACAGCUCUUGAUACUCUUAAGGCAUCAGCACGAUGAGCACAUCUGGACCUCCAGCCGAUGCUAAAAAGGCACAGACAGCAGCUAUGGCCGAGCUCGAAGCUGCAUUAAAGAAGAAGAAGGCUAUCGAAUCCACUUUAGUAACGUUGGAAAACAGUAUAUACAAUUUUGAAGGAAGUUAUCUGGAUGAGACGGCAGCUUCGGGUGGAAAUAUUAUCAAGGGAUUCGACAAUUAUUUAAAACCUCCAACGGCACACACACAUAAGAGAAAGCUCGAAGUCACCGAGGCCGAUCGCUUGUUCAGCAGUAGUAGCGCGACGUAUCAACAAUAAAACCCUUUUUACCCAUUACUCUCCCGAUGUUUCCAUUACUCUCAACUUUUAAUUUGAUCAACUGCGCUCUAUUGGCGUCGACAAACUCGGUAGAGUUUAUUGGCCAAACAACAGUACGAUGCGCAGGCAUCAGCUUAUUCCAAGAAUUCAUCGCAUUGAAUCUAAUCUGACUCCUAUUUUUCCUCUUCGAUUCAUUCACCAGGACGUGCCAUACUCCUAUGGAAAUAUUUCAACUCCUCAGGACGGAAUAGCGUGACGCCUUGGUGCCUCGAACAUGCGGAUGUUAUUUGAGGGGAUCAGGUUUUGACCAUGAAGCACGGCGAUUUGAGGACGAAUAUGAAUCGUUGAUGGGAACGGGAGUCAGCAGUGGAAAUGUUGUAUAUCUUAGCAGACUUGAGUGUACUAGUAUAUCAGAAUGAACAUGCAUGCUUAGAAUGGAAC